AUGGACCGACCCGACUCCGCUCAACCGCAACCCGUACUCUCCGACCGGGUCCUCAUAAACGGCACCGUCACUCCGGUGACUCUAUUCGCUGAUGGAGUUCUCCGGUGGUCGGAGAGAGGUCAACGGAGCUUGAUCGUGGAGAAGGAGGUCCUCGGGUUCGCAGCGGAGGGUCCGAAGAUCAGGAUCAGAGCCUUAGUGGAAGACGGAGAUGGAAUCUGCUGCGUCGCGAGCAGAGGAGCUGUGGUGAGGAAAGAAUUCGUCUUCAAGCCUCUCUCUGAGGACUCGCAUAGGCUCUGGUGCCAGAAGCUCCGCGAACACAUUGAUUCUCUGGGGCGGCCAAAGAGGCUCUUCGUUUUUGUGAAUCCAUUUGGUGGGAACAAAUCCGCUUCAAAAAUAUAUGCUGAACACGUAAAACCUCUUUUCCAGGAUGCUAAUAUCCAAUUUACACUACAAGAAACUCAAUAUCAACUACAUGCGAAGGAAGUUGCUAAAACACUAGAUCUUUCAAAGUAUGAUGGCAUUGUUUGUGUUAGUGGGGAUGGAAUCUUGGUUGAGGUAGUAAAUGGACUCCUUGAGAGAGAGGAUUGGGAAGCUGCAAUAAAGAUGCCUCUUGGAGUAGUUCCUGCAGGUACAGGAAAUGGAAUGGCAAAAUCUCUUUUGGAUUCUGUUGGUGAACCUUGUACAGCAUCUAAUGCUAUUCUUGCCAUUAUUCGAGGGAAUAAGCGUUCACUGGAUGUAGCUACCAUAUGGCAGGGGAAGACCAAAUUCUUCAGUGUAUUGAUGCUUGCAUGGGGGUUAGUGGCAGAUGUUGACAUUGAGUCUGAGAAGUAUAGGUGGAUGGGAAGUGCGCGUCUAGAUUUCUAUGCUGUUCAACGAAUUGUGCAUUUGAGGCAAUAUAAUGGAUCUAUUUCCUUUGUGCCUGCACCUGGCUUUGAAGCUUAUGGGGAGCCUACUAGUUACAACAACAUUAGUGAACCUACUAACCAUCACAAUAAAUGUGGUCCAAGUCAAGAGGAGUCUGUUAACAUUCGACAGCAUGGCUAUGAGGGACCUGAUAUUAACUUGGAGAACAUGGACUGGAGAACUAUCAGUGGGCCAUUCGUUUCAGUCUGGCUUCACAAUGUCCCUUGGGGGAGUGAAGACACAAAGGCAGCGCCUGAUGCUAAGUUCUCAGAUGGUUACCUAGACAUGAUAAUUAUGAGGGCUUGUCCAAAACUAUCCUUGCUCUCGUUGAUGUCAGGGUUGAGCACAGGAAGUCAUGUCAAUUCACCAUAUGUCAUGUACUUCAAGGUGAAAGCAUUAAUUUUGGAACCAGGUCCUCUCACUGAGGACCCCACAAGGGGAGGGAUUAUAGACUCAGAUGGUGAGGUCCUGGCUAGGGGCAAAGGAGCAUACAAAUGUGACCAAAAGACACUGAUGGCCUAUGAUAAACUUCAAAUAACUGUGGAUCAAGAAUCCACCCUGUACAAAGCUGCAAGGAGUACAAGCGAUUCGUUCGUCGGCAAGUUGCUUGCUGAAAAGUGA